AUGAAAGAGAAGUUGACUCUAGCUGAUGAUGCAAGGGGUAUAUGUGAGGAUGUAGUGGAGCGGUACUUCACACCAGUGACGAAGUAUCAACACGAAAAGAUUCCUGGAAUCGUUGCGUCGAUCACGGAGAACAUCGUGCAGCGCCUCACGCAAGAGGCAGCGCUCCCCAGGAAAUAUGUUGCACACUGCAUUAUUAUACAGAAAACCGGCGCCGGGUUUCAUGCCCUGUCGGCAUGCAUGUGGAAUCCAACAAGUGACGCCUGUUACGUGUACAAGGCGGAAAAUAAGGUCAUGCAUUGUGUGGUGACUGUGUACGGUGUUGUGGCAUAG